CUUGACGCGCCACCCUCCCCUGGUUCGCCUCACAUUGGCCUGCCCCUCCUAGCCGACGACCUUCCGCGACACCCGCAAGAUGAGUUUAUGGAAGGAACAGUUGCGCCAUCACUGAUCACCCCUCCUCCGUCUGCUAGCGACCAGGACGGUCUAGGUCUGUUCUUGCAACCUAUCUCGGUCGAUCCGCCACUGGCACGAUCGCCGUCGCCCGAUGACGACGAUUUGCAGUUCCUCGACGUUCAGCUCGAUCCUGCGUCAACCAACCUCGAGGUCGGCGAGUUCCUUCAGCUUCGCGCGAUCCGCAAGCGAGCGCUCUCCGCCGAACGCGACGCACGAUGUGCCGAGGCGGAGUACAGCGAGCACGUCAGCGCCGCGUCGAAUGCGCUUCUGCCGCCACAGCAGACUGAAGGUUCCGAAGUACCCAUACCAGAGGAGCUAGACGCGGAUGAGAAACGCACACGGAAGCGCGACCUGCACAUUGCCAUGGACAUGCGCGCGGAGGCGCGACGGAUCCGCAAGCGGGAGAAGCAGCGGAGCAAGGAGGUGGGCGCGCUGCUCGACCUGAAGAUGGAGCGCGGCGUAUGCCCUGGGAGCGGCUUGACGCGGAGCAUUGCCCAGCUUGUCGCCAACAUGGUGCUGCGGCGGAGAGACACGUUUCGCCCGCUCGCGAAUCGAAAACCG